AUUUGGGUCCGCUGGGCUCCACAACAAACAGUGCACGGUAGCUUCACUAGCUUUAUAUUCACGACCAUUUAUAGCUUGUACUACAACCCAAGGACUAUAUUUGUAAACUUAAAAACCUUUGGCUAGUGAAGAUAUUUAUUUAGGUGAGCAGCGACGAUGGAGAGCCGCUCCUCCUUACACUCUCAGCUCUCCACCAUCAUGGAGAUAAUGGCCAGGUCGGCUCUCUCACAAAUCAGCAAACUGAUGGAUGAAGACUCGACUAAACACCGGCAAGAAUUGUCACGAUUAUUGUCUACAAACUCAACCUUGGCAGAAAAAGUUACCAGUCUUGAGUGUGAAUUAACCAUUGUGAAAAAAGACUUACCUACUUUGUGUAAAAGUUAUCGCACCGUUGGUGUUCAGACUGUCUGCUGUGCCACUGAUAAUGAUGUAAACGUGGCCGAUUCACCUAUCAUAAAGGAAAUCUUUGGAAAAGAAGGUUGUAUAGAUCUGUGGAAAGAAAAUACCCCGGAUCUUUUGGACAGAGUCGCAGACUCAUCACAGCUUAAUGAGAAGUCUGUGACAGUUGUGUCUGAUCAAAUUCCUGUGGUAGAGAUUAAAGAAAACGUUGAAAAUCCUGUACAUGGCCACCAGCAGAUAACACUUUUUAAAGAAGCAAAACAUGAUGAAAGUACAGCUGCAGAACCAAAGCCAGUGGAAAACACUGCUGGUGACAGCACUCGAAAUCUGUCAUGUGGUCAGAAGGAAGUCCAGUCAGAGCCUGCAGCUUCAGCUGAAGAAAUGUCCCUUGAAUUGAGGUGCUUAAGUGACACAGAGGAUGUCUUCAGCACUCAUAUAAUUCCAAUUGAAGAUGAUGAUGAAGAUGAUGAAGAUGAUGUACAAUUUGUUCAAGAAAGACAGCAACAACCUAAAGUUGAUCCUAUUGUUGGGCCCAGCCACAGCAAGGUCCAAACAAAAUUAACAGAUAACAAUGAAAUCACUGAUUUGUUAAAAAAUUCAAAUAACUUGAGUAUAAGUAACGUUAAGACAUUCAAUAAAAUGAACAAUGAAAAAUAUACAUGCAAAAUAUGUAGCACCACAUUUUACCACAAGGGCACUUUGACACAUCACAUGAAGUUACACAGAUCCAACAGCAUUUAUCAGCAACAUUUCCAACAUCGGGGCAAAUUAAACAAGCACAUCUUUGUUCCUCCGAUAAAGUUUCAAGGUGGAAGUAAGUCCUGUGAGUACUGUGGAAAGACCUUUGCAAACCCAUCAGCUCUGAGAAUCCACUAUGUGGUCCACACUGGAGAGAAACCCUACAGUUGCUAUUUAUGUGGAAAAGGAUUCACACAAAAAGGCAACCUAAAAUGUCAUUUACGUAUCCAUACUGGGGAGAGACCGUAUCACUGUGGCCAAUGUGGAAGGACUUUUACGCAAAAAGUGAACCUGAACUGUCAUUUAAUGGCACACAGAAACCGUGAGGUUGAGAUACACAAGUCAGUCAAUAUCAACAACAAUGUAAAGGCUGACCCCUGUGGUCAGUGACUGGUCUAACUGGGAUAGUACACAGUAUAAUACAAACUGAUAUCAUUGUAUGUAAUGUCAUGUUUAGUAUAACACAAUGUGAAGUUAUUCUUACAGAUUGCCUUUCAUAUUCACUCACUUCUGUAAAUAAAACCAGGUUUGUAUUGAUGGUUUCCAUUAGCAUCAGUGUUGCAAUCACUGUCUGGCUUUAUAAUAAAUAAGGCAUACUUUUUUUUA